GUUCGAGGUUAGCAGUGUAGAUAAGUUUGCCCUCAAUUAACAUUGGAUAAAUUGUUUAUGGUUUUGUUUAGUCGUUUUAAUUUAAAUCGUUUCGUUAAUUGCACAGUGCACGCACUUGGGCCAGACGCGCGUGUGUGGGUAAGGAACAUCUACUAAGGAAAAUCGAGGAAAAAAGAUUUCGCGCAAAAAUGGACGCGAUAGUGGCUCAAGGAGAGGAAGUUAAAGCGGAAGUGUCGAAAGACGUCCACCCGACGACAGAUAGUGAUCGCUUGAAAGGUGAAAAUGUGAACGGCGCGAGUGCAAGUGUUGGCGUGGAUAGACAACUGUGCAUUGGACAGGUGGCGCAGUUUUCUAUUUCGAAUUCGGAUCGGAAGCGUGGAGCGAAGGCCUUCCUUGGGGACGCGAAGGAGCACUCUUCGAAAAAAUAUCAGACGUCUCCUCAACACGAAGAUCCCUUAUACGGAUAUGGUGACACGCCAUCGGCCGAACCCUUGGAGAGCAGUCCCCAAAGGACGAUUAAGGCGACCCGUAGACGUCGCCUCGAUCGCGUUUCCAACACCAGUACAAAUGGGAUCAGUCCAACGACGCCCUCGCAUCCCGCCGAUUAUCUCAUGUACAUAAAUAAUAAUCACGUAAAGAAUGAAAGACUGAGCCCGGGUACACCAGACACGUCGUCAAGAUCAAGAUCGGUGACCCCAUCAUCCGCGUCACAUCCCGAUACACCACCCGCGACGGAUCAGUCGGCCAUCAUGCCCCACGUGAGGAAUUACAGCGAUAUGAUGCGAAAUUUAGCGGCGAAGUACAACCAUACGAACCCAAACGAGUACUUCAGCGCGGCGAGGAACGGCUUUCCACCUCCUUUCGACCCACGCUUCAAGCUGGGAAACUUCCCAAACCUCCUAUCAGUUCCAAAUAACAAAGAAACCAAAAAGCCCGACUUCUCCUCACUCCUCGGCCAGUUCACGCCGCACUCGGCCCUACCCCUCAUCGACAUGUCGACGACGCAGGCCCUACUGCACAUGGCCCGCACGGCGAAGGAGGCCGAAGAUCAGAGGCUGCUGAAGACGAUCAAGAGGCAGGAUCCGUCCUCGCCGCUCGAUCUGUCCGCCGGCGCCGUGCCCGUGAAGAGGCCGAGGACGAAAACGCCGUCGUCGGGCAGUUUGAGUGGCGGCAACGUCGUUAUAAAGAGGGACGAAUCGGAAAGUCCGAGCCUGCAGGAGGACGUCUCGAGUUGGAGCGUCGACGAUGUCUGCAAUUUUGUUUCGGGGAUAGACAUCUGUGCGGAAUAUACUAAGAAUUUUCGAGAGCAGCGGAUCGACGGUUCCGGUUUACCGUUACUGACCGAGGAGCAUUUAACGUCGACCAUGAGCAUGAAAUUGGGACCGGCAUUGAAAUUGAAGUCGGUGCUGGCGAAGAAAUUGGGCUCGUGCAGCGUCUGUCUGCACUGCACCCACUGUCACAGAAAUUCCUCGGGCUCACCCGAAUUGGGGCACACGACCGGGAAUACAUCCGAUUCGGGGGGAACAUCGUGAUGCAACGAUCCAGAACACUCAUCGUCAGUGCAAUAAUUCCACGAACACUGCCACUCUUUGGGCACCAUUGAGCAAUUAUUCUACUUAACGUUACGCCCUCGUAAAUUUAGUACAAAGACUUUGCAGAAAUGGCGUGCGUACUUAUGGAUGAGGAGAAUUGAGAGUUGUUCCUGAUCAUGUAAUCGAUUGUAGGUUUGUAAUUAUAAUAUAUUGUUAUUUUAUAUAUUAGGAUGUAAAUAUAUUUUAUAAUAUUUAAUGUAAUUAGUGAUUGUUUAUUAUUAUUAUUAUUAUUAAUAUGAUGAAAUUGCUCAAGUUGUUUGGUUGUGUUUUUUGCACACAAUAAAAUAUUUAUGUACCUUUA